AUGACGAGGGGGCGGUGGCGGCGCGGCGUGACAGCCGAGGACCGCCACGGCAACGCGGCAGCCGACAGGCUGGCUGGCACUACUGCCAAGGCCCGCCUGCCGGCGGCGGCCCUGCUGCAACGGCGGUUCGUGCAGCUCUACGCCCUCAGGGUGCUGCAGUCGAUGCUGGCCGCCGUCGAGCUCGAGGCCGUCAAGGCCAACCAUGGCAGCCGCGGCCCGGAGGGGCCUCGCGUGCGUCGCCGCCAGGGAGGGCCCCCGCGCCGCAGAACGCCGCGCGUGGCCGAUGACGCUGCCGUAGCCGCCGCGCUGGCGCGGCAGGACCCGCAGCAGCAGAGGGGGCUUGGGCGUCGCGCCGCGGCCUGGGCCGGCGGCUGCUGCCCGGGCGCUUUUCGGUGGCGGGACGUGGAGGGCGCACGCGGCGUCGCAGGGGCUCAAUUGGGUCGCCUGUUUGCGCUGCGGCUGCUGGGCCCCCCAUAG